CACUUGCUUUUGUCAGCAGCCUGCCAGGGACUCAGACACACUUGGGAAAGUCAGCCGCACUGGGGAUGUUGGAACCAUGGUGAAGCCUCUGCUGAUUCCCUUGACAUACUUCUGCCUUCAGACCUGGCUGGGAAUCCCUCAGGCAAAACUUCAGGUGAAUCUGAGCAUGAUGGAUGAUGCUUUUGAUGACCAAUAUCUAAGGUGUGGUGAAAAAAUGGAUGGAAUUGCACGUGAUCUGAUACAGUCGGAAAUGUCUCCCUUUAGCCCGGUGUGGGAAAAUGCAACAGAAAAAUGGAACAAUGUGAAAAAAACCCUUGCUCUCCCCAAUGGCUUUAAAGAUGAGUAUGGAAUAGCCAUAGUAGCCUAUACUGACAACAGAACAUACAAUGGCAAAAUUCUUCCAACUACAUUUAAUGAUGCUGUGAGUGGGACUAAUAGAUCUCGAGCUGCUUCCAUGGCCAAUUUCCAGUUCCAAGCCUUUCAUUAUUAUUUGACAAGAGCUUUGCAGCUCUUAUGGGAGAAGUCGGGGGGAUGUAAUGUGAUGUACAAUAUGACGGUGUACCGAGGGGUUCCUGUCAGUUUUCAGCACAGCGGGGGUAACAUCAGAUUUGGAUACUUUGCCUCUUCAUCGAUUAAUAAAGAAGUGGCUGAGGGAUUUAGGACUAAGAGGGCACUAGAGAAGGGCUCACUCUUCAUCAUCCACACAUGCCUGGGCGUGAAGAUCCAGAACAUGUCACAUAAUCCUGAGCAAGAAGAAGUGUUAAUCCCAGUUUAUGAGAUAUUCAGCGUGUCCCGAGGACAAGAGGAAAACAGCUUUUACCUCCGGAGCACAAACCGGACCUGCAGCCAUUUUAACUGCGCAUACCUGGGUGGAGAGAAAACCCAAACAUGUGUUUACAACUCUGCUACCAGAGGCGGCAUCACCUUCCCCAGUGAGCUGAGCCCUCCACUGUUUGGAGGAUCCGUCAUCCUGAUCCACGUUGCUGCUCUGAAUCUGUUUACUGGUUUCUAAUUUGUCCUAUUUGUGUUGCUCACUUUUUCUCUCUAACACAAAUCAUGGUGAUGGGACUUGUCAUAAACAGUUA